AUCCGCUUUCCGCUGUCAUUCGUCAUUCUGGCCCGUCGCCAGUCAAGUGCAGUCGACGAUUCCGAGUAAACGCCAAACAAUAAAGCGCAUCUCUGAUAACUGGAGAUUAGGUACCUGCACGUCGUGCGCGUCGUGUGCGUGAUGUGACCGGCUCGCCGUGUACCUAGAGUGGUGCAAUACGAGCGCGCGCCGCCGCGCCGAUUAGUCAUGUAGUUGGUGGUGCCGCGACUGUCCGGACUGCAAGCAGAAGCAGCAGCAGCAAGCCGACGCCGACGUUGGGCAAUCGCGCGUACGCCGCGCAUGAAUCAUAACAAAGACGCACACGCCCGGCGAUGAGCGACAAGAUGCGGCACGGGCAAGCCGGAGCGGCUGCCUCCUUCGCCGCCAAGCCGGUGCCGAUGAAGCUCUUUGCCACCUGGGAAGUCGACCGGACUCCAUCUGAUUGCAUACCAAGAUUGUGUUCGUUAACGCUGACAAGACUCGUAGUAUUACGCCCGCUGGGUAACGACCUAGCGUCCAUCUCCAUUGCGGUGAAGAUGCAAUCCAGCAAACGCACGCUGCGUUCCAAUGAAUUACUAUUACCUGCAAAUGGUUUGCUUGACACUUCUCUGGAGCUCACCUUCAGCCUGCAGUAUCCACAUUUUCUCAAGCGUGAUGGCAACCGUCUGCAUGUGUUACUGCAGCGUCGUCGGCGUUAUAAAAACCGCACGAUUCUGGGUUUUAAAACACUCGCUGAGGGCGUUAUUCGCAUGGAUCAAGUUCUCCAGCGUCAAAUGGAUCUGGAACUCGAACUCAUCGCGGAAAACAGUAGCAAGGAUAAAGGCACUGGUCCGCUGGCGAAGAUUAUCGUCCUGGGUGUGAGUUCAACACCCGUCGACGGUGAUCACAAGCCCGAUCGUGAGCGAGAGUGUAGUGAAGAUGACGAUGAGUAUACAUCCGGCGAUGAGGAGCCUGGUGAUCUCAGCGAUUCGGAGCCCAUUCGGACCAAGCUGCCGCAUCCGAGGCACAACUUCAAGCAGCGCUUCGUCUCGCUGUUGAAGCGAUUCAAGGUCGCUGAAGGCCCAGAGGGUGUGCGUGGGUCUUCACUUGCGAAUACCACGGAUAUUCAAGCGUUGUUUCAGGAAUUGGAAUCGCUCAGUUGUGAUGAUGAUUCCGCCGGUGAGCCUGACACUGUGUCGAUUUCCAGCACUCCGAAACCGAGUUUACGCCCGUUCUUCAGCAGUAGUCGCAGUUUGUUGGAUACAACCGUGCAGACAGAUGUCGCUGCUGACGAUCGCAACUGUUCCGGAAGUGAUGGUAACGCAGACUUUGCCGGUACAGAUUACGAAGCGCAGUCGGAUCCGCAAACUGGUUCACCACCCAGAGAGAAACACGUCGGAAGGUUGAAGAGCGACGCCGCUGAGCCGGAGGAGAAGAAGACAAAACUCUUCCGCACGUCGGUAUCGACUGGCAAAAAGAAACACUCGCUUAGUAUUGGUACCGACACUCCCAGCGUCACGGCCACUACCCCGGAGACGAUAAUCGCUAGAAAAUCGUUUCUUGAAACGGUAACGCGUGUACUGCCUCUGGACGACACCACGCUGCCGGAUCACAUUGUAUUGGCGUCGGGACCGGAGCAAAUGGUGGCAGCGCUCUUACCGCGAUUGCAGUUUCAACGCGUGUUAAAUCCGCAUUCGGCUCCGGAGGUUCGUGCAGUGUUGACGACGCUGUUUGCUAAAAUACACAAGUAUUGCAACAGUUAUGCCAAACCUGGCACGCCAAUUAAACUGGUGCUGAUUGGUGGAGAUGCGCUCGUGGGUUGGACACUACGGCCGUAUGUUGAGUUAAUGUCGAACAAAACGCCUGAUUGGAGUGGACAUAUUCGGAUAUAUAUUGCUCCUUUAGGUCAACCAUCUUUGGUUGCUAGACAGUUGGCAUCACUGGACGCUGGCUAUUCUUCACUCUUCCCUCCUGAUUCCGACGCGAAUAAGGAUGAAUUAGCAACGCGUGUUUUACGUUAUGUUAAUGGCGGCGGGCCUGCUACUCAGCUACCAUUGGCUGAGGCUAUGCUUACGUUUCAAGACGAUUCAAGCCAGCUUUUUAUCCCGUUUGUCAGCGAAGUACGCGUUGGGCCUUCAGACACCGCACAUUCACUCUCGGUUGACUUGGAUGAUUUGCUGUGUUCAAGUCCGCCGGCUCCGCCUCCACUCACGCCUCCUUCAUCACCAAAUGUACAGGUUCGUGAAACUCCUUGGGAACCAUUAGAGUUGCAGUUGGAUUAUUGGCAGCUUCCAGGUGCUAAAUCAGGAGAAAAGGGUGAGAAAGAUAAAGGCACAAAACCGGAUGGUAAAACGUCAAUGCGUGGAUUACUACGUGGUUUACAAGCAUCACCAGGGUUAACGCUAGCUAUUCAUAUGGCCAGCAAAGAAAAGAAGCAAAAAAUCAUGCGCCUUGGCAAAAAGAAGGACAAGGACAAUACUGAGCCGCGCUCGCACACUGUCGACUCCAUUGCGCGCUUUGUUUGCUCCGCCAAAGGCUCAAACUCAUCACCAAUGCGAAUAAUCAUCGAUGGAUCAGAAUGGACGGGCGUGAAGUUCUUCCAAUUGAGCAACACGUGGCAGACGCACGUCAAGCAUCUGCCCGUGGCGUUGGUAGGCGUUCCGCUCGCCAGCACCGACCCCUGAACGCCUAGGUCGGCCAUUUUCCACGACAUUCCAUGCUGCGAGCCGAGGCGAUGCUAUUUCUAAUCGAAUAUCACGCGGUCUUCUUCUUUAUCUAGUCAGGACAAUAUGCGACGCGAGACGCUUUGAAUAUUUGUUGGUUAGGCAUCAGAAAUCAAAAGAAAACUGUAUGUGUGCGUGUGAGGUUAGGACGGUUUAGGUUAGGACGUAAAUGUUGCACCCGUACUCUUAUUCCAUGUGAUAUAUAUAGUCCGCUUGCUUUGAUCGGUGGAGCGCCAAUAUGAAAUAAGACUGACCCCACAAAGAAACAAACAAAAACAAAACAAAAGUAACGUCAACUUCAUCACGGGGCCGUUUUUAACGCUACAGUAACAUAACCUAACUUAGACGAACUUACCGAUAGAGAUUAUAUAACAAUAUGUAUCAUCGUAUAUUUAUCAUAUCAUCAACUACUGGUCAUCAUGUUUCAUCAUUAUCGCGAUGUGAUUUUAUCAACUGUAUUAUGCACUCACUGUGUUUGAUGUAUUCUUGAAUCUCGCGACUUUUUUUAUUUCGACUACUGAAUGCGUAGCAGUGUGCAGCACUCAUUCCUAUUGAUUAUAUUAUUGUAUUGUGUAAAUUUAUUCGGUUUAAACAAAAGACGUAUGCAAUAAUUGUUAUGAGAUUCGAUUUGGUUAGGAAAAAAUAAUCAAAAAAAUUGGCAUAGCGAGGGCUGAAUCAAAUGAUUAGUUUAGCUAUACUUGUAUUUAUUUUUGUAAAGUGUAUAUUAUGAAUCGUUUGACGCUUCAAGCUUGAGAGUAAGCUUUAAACUAAACUUUUGCUAUAGGAAAAUCAGUCGCAUUGAUAUUUUUUUGUGGUAGUUGUUUAAAAACUUGGAAAUUUUCAUCGGCGACUACAGUAUUACGAGAUUAAUUUAUGUUCAGUGAAUGAAAAUGUAAUGAAUGUAACACAAAUAGGACAAUACCUUAGAUUUACGCGUAUAAUAUUUGCCAUACGAAGCAUAUGUUAAAUGUUCAAAUUAAAUAUUAACUCUCCUGCAGAUAACGGCAACCAAACAAUGGAAUUGUACAAAAUGUUCCUUUGAAAUUUCACUUACUUGAUAUCUAUAUCUCUGAGCGUCAACACAACCAGCAGCCAUAUGUAAAACAAAACAAUUUGAAGCUCAACACACAUAAUCCUAACAUUUAAGUAUGUAAUCAAUUCAAUCAACGACGUUUUGCAUCCAACCGAGUAACAAUUAGAGAGAAUUGCUCAUCUAGCGUGUAACAAAACUAGCGUAGCACUUGGUAGCUGAUAAUUUUAUACACAUGUAUCGAAAAAAAACACGUCUGUUUGCGUCUGUAGGAGCUGAAAUCUAAAACGAAUUCAUAUCAUAAUCACUCGUUUCUCUCAAUACUAAGUAAUCAAUUAGAAAUUUAAAUUAAAUUAUGAAUGGAUCUCAUAAUUUCAUGAUUAUCUCUUAAGUUUUUCAAGUUCCUGUAGAUUGUAAUUAGAUUGAUGCUUGUGUUAUUAUUAUGAAAAUGCUUAUUGCGCACACUCACACGAGAUUCAAUUCGCUACGGACGACGCUGCAACCAACAAGACUAAUAACAUUACUGAAUGUAAUUAACAAUGAGAACAUUGAGCUUUUAAUAACUCUAUUUAACUUGUAAAAUGUAUAACACAUGUUAAGCUGUAAGUGUGUAUCGUGUAACGGGCAGAAAACCAACCAAAGAUGGUCAAAACAAACAAUUAGAUAAGUGGGACGCAAAAAUUUUGAAUGUUAUUACCAGGUUUUUGCGAGAUAUCAAAAUUUUCAACCGAUUGGAAUGUUGCAAUAUACUAGAAAUUUUAUUCAUCAAUAAUUAUAGACUUAUUAAACUUUAUAUAUGCAAUAUGCGUAGAUUGGAUAUUAUUGUGAGCAGACAAACGAUGAACAACUACUUCAUAUACAAUUAUAUUAUACAAGAGUAAUAUUAGAAUUGUUUACAUAUACAUAUAUAUAUAUAUAUAUUAUAUAUUAUGAUGAGAAAUGUAUAUUAUUAUUAAUGCGAAGAGUAUGAUUUCAAAUCGACGAUGAAUGAAAAAUAAAUGUUUUGCUUUGUAUACAAACGAUGUAAGUAUUACGUGGCUUCUCAUUGAUUUGGUUGGAAAUUUGAAUGAACUACAUGCUCAUAACUUUAAUUUGAAUGGCAAAUACUGAUUCGUAGGUGAUAAUGAAAUAGUCCUUAACACGCGACCACGACAAAUGCACCUACUAAAUAUGUUACGAUCUAAUUUUCAGCGACAAUGCAAAUUCGCACGUCCGUUUUGUAUCUUUAGAGUUGAAAAAUUAAUAACGGAAACUUCCUUAUACAUAAAUAUUUAGAUACACAUCGGUAGUUUACCACGCUUCGAGUGUUAUAACACUUUGUAAAUAUUUUGGGUUUUAAACGCAAUUAUUAUGUCUAUACGAUUUGAAAACGGAAAUUUAUGUUGUGCAAUUUUGAAUCAUCAAGAGUACACAUGGAUAAUUUGAUUAUCUGAGCGUCUAGAAGGUUUUUUAAAGUUUUAUUCUGCAAAAUAUUGAAUUUAUUGAGUUUAUGAAGGAAAAUUUAUACUUUUCGCCUUUGCGGUUUUAAGUUGAUAUAAAACUAUAAAUAACUUAUUCAUAAUAUUAUGUUUUGAGUGAAUAAUGAUGAUCGUGGUUUGUUUAUACGGGUACUACUGAUUUUACGUUGAUGUAUUUAUUCAAUACGUGUGAAUUGAAAACGCUGACAAAGGAAAUAUUGGCGCUUGUGAUUAAUGAUACACACCGUGCCGUUUAUUAACUUGUUUAUUAACUCGGGUGACAGAUUUAAGCAGGAGGUGUAUAAACAGAUCUAAAACGCAUAUAAACCGAUGAAGAUCCACUCAAAAUCAUUCAAUUUGAGAAUAUCUCAGUGUAAAGACUUGAAAAGUACAAAAAUAAUCAAAAUGUCGCAAUAUCAGAAGGUGUUUUUUGUGUUUGUUAUUGUGGUUUACCUCAUCGCCGCGUGUUAUGCUCUUCCAAUUGAUAAUUCUUCAUCAUCUGAAGAAACAGUAACGCCAAAUGAUGAUGAUGAUAAUAUUUCAACUACUAUUGCUUCUCCAGUUAGUAAACUUGAGUUUUUAAAAUCCAUUGUGAAGAAAAGUGCUGAGGAAAUAAGGGAUGUUUUGGAUGAAACGGAAAAGUUGAGGAUUUCUAGAGAUACUGCUAGGGAGUCGGAGAGUGCCAAAGUUCAACACAGAAGGAACUAUCAGUCAUUGUAUCCGAAGUAUUAUGAGGAGGCUGAGUGGCCAGCUUUAAUAUAAAACGAGGUAUGAGUCAUUAUUCGUAUAUUAUAAUAUUUAUUUGAUUACUAAAUGAUUUUGUUAUUUGCUUCAAAGCUUAGAUAGAUAAAUGUGUAAUUCCAAUGGAAUAAGUGCUUGUAAAAUAAUAUCAUUUAAUAUAUUAUAAUAGUUUUCUAGAUAA